AUGGGCAGGGGCAACAACAAGCGCGCAUGGCAGGGAGGCGACAAACGAAGAUACCAUGACGCUGGGGAUCAGGAGAAGAACGCAGGCCCGCCGCCAGAAGCUUUCACGAGAGCGUACGAGGCGCAGCUCACCGAUGGCGACGACAUGGCUAGCGAACUCAUCCGCUGGGCUGGCGAUGGACCAGAACUGUGGCUUGAUCGCCAUGACAUUCUUCACAUGCUCCCCCAGCUCGACGUGUCUCCUCCGUCACCAACGCGGUCGAACGUGUCUUCCUCGUGGUCUCUCCCGGAUGACGCCGAGUCUCUGUUUGACAUCUCAGGUGACGAGGCGGAGGAGGAGUACAAGCGCAAGAAACGACAAACCUGGGUUAAUGAUCUUCGGGAGGCGCGUCUUCGAGAGCGAGAGAGGGAGGACGAGGAGGAGGAGCAGAAGCGGGUAGAGGCGACGAGGCGGGACGAAUCACCGCCCCCCGACAUCCGCAAAAUGAUGGAGCACACAGCCAAGUCGCUCGCUGGGUCCGCCAACCCGGCCCAGCUCGAAGCUCGCAUCACGGCGCGACAUGGCAAUACGGACCCGAGGUUCGCCUUCCUCCGCCCUGGCGGACCGUUCUCGAGCGUGUGGGAGAAGAUCCGCGCCAGAACACUCGGGCUUAAUGUUACAUCUGCUAUUGCUACAGAGAAUCCGAAGGGGAAGCCGAAGGUUGGUGGUGGGCUUCUGGCGGGGUACGGCAGCGACUCGGAAUCGGACUCAGACUCAGGCCCGCCUCCGCCGCCGCCGGAUGAGCCGCCGCCACCACCGCCGGGUAGCCCGCCUCCCCCUCCCCCGGGGAGUCCACCACCACCACCACGGUAG